UGCCUCUUGACUCUGCCCAGCACUUGGGCCCCGGCCUCACCUGCUCUCCCUGGGCAGCCGCGUCUUGUGCUUCCGGCCAUGCAGUGGCUGUGGCCCCUGGCGCUCUCUCUUGCUGCUGUGUGGGCUGUGGGGCAUGGCGGGGUCUCUGGGGGUGCCCCUCAUGGGCACAGAGCAGAGGCUCCGGAGCAGCAAAACCGAGCCAGGAGAGGCACUGAGGCCGAGGAAGCCAAGGAGGUACAGCACUAUGUACCUGAGGAAUGGGCUGAGUACCCCCGGCCCAUCCACCCUGUGGACCUGCAGCCCAGCAAGCCCUGGGUAGCCACCAGUUCCAGCCCUGAAAAGGGUGGGGACUCCCCAGGCAGCGGGCAGGAGCUGAGGGGCAAUCUGACAGGGACACCAAGUCAGAGGCUGCAGGUCCAGAACCCCCUAUACCCGGUGACCGAGAGCUCCUACAGUGCCUAUGCCAUCAUGCUCCUGGCCCUGGUGGUGUUUGCUGUGGGCAUUGUGGGCAACCUGUCAGUCAUGUGCAUCGUGUGGCACAGCUACUACCUGAAGAGUGCCUGGAACUCCAUCCUCGCGAGCCUGGCCCUCUGGGACUUCCUGGUCCUCUUCUUCUGCCUCCCUGUUGUCAUCUUCAAUGAGAUCACCAAGCAGCGGCUACUGGGUGACAUUUCCUGCCGGGCCGUGCCCUUCAUGGAGGUCUCCUCUCUGGGAGUCACUACCUUUAGCCUCUGCGCCCUGGGUAUUGACCGCUUCCAUGUGGCUACCAGCACCCUGCCCAAGGUGAGGCCCAUUGAGCGGUGCCAGUCGAUCCUGGCCAAGCUAGCUGUCAUCUGGGUGGGCUCUAUGACUCUGGCCGUGCCGGAGGUCCUCCUGUGGCAGCUGGCACAGGAGCCGGCCCCCACCGCGGGCACCGUGGACUCAUGUGUCAUGAAGCCGUCAGCCAGCCUGCCUGAGACGCUCUACUCCCUGGUGAUGACCUACCAGAACGCCCGCAUGUGGUGGUACUUUGGCUGCUACUUUUGCCUGCCGAUCCUCUUCACGGUCACCUGCCAGCUGGUGACGUGGCGGGUGCGGGGCACGCCGGGAAGGAAGCCGGAGUGCCGGGCUGGCAAGCAUGCGCAGUGUGAGAGCCAGCUCAACAGCACUGUGGUGGGCCUGACCGUGGUCUACGCCCUGUGCACCCUCCCAGAGAACGUCUGCAACGUGGUGGUGGCCUACCUGUCCACCGAGCUGACUCGCCAGACCCUGGACCUGCUGGGCCUCGUCAACCAGUUCUCCACCUUCUUCAAGGGCGCCAUCACACCGGUGCUGCUGCUGUGUGUGUGCCGGCCGCUGGGCCAGGCCUUCCUGGAUUGCUGCUGCUGCUGCUGCUGCGAGGACUGUGGCGGCGGGGCCUCUGAGGCCUCAACCACCGAUGGCUCCAACAAUAAGCUCAAGGCUGAGGUGUCUUCCAUCUACUUCCACAAGCCCAGGGAGUCGCCCCCGCUUUUGCCCCUGGGCACACCUUGCUGAGGCCAGGCCCCAGGGAGGGGACAGGGCUGCCAACCCAGAUCCAGCUGGGCCUGCUGUUUCUUGCCCCAUAGGUCUCGCUUGGCCGCCCUUCCUGUUGUCUAGAUGGACUUGGUUCCUCUUGUGCAGGCUUGGGGUUGUUGAAAACUCCUCCCUGAGCAGGGCCUUUCCUGUCGCGCUGAGGGGCCAUCUAGCACUGUCUUUGGCACAGGUAGGCUGUGACCCUUCUAGGUCCUUAGAGCUGCUCAGUCUUGGUCCCACCUCUGGGAGCCACAGUGAACCUGCCCCCUCCUGGCUGCUGCCUGCUUCCCUUUCUGCCUUGACUGUGUU